AUGUUUGCAGCUCGUUGGGUACCAGCCGCCAGGCUGAAUGUUAGCCAAACACGAGGCUUCUCUUUGAUCUCCGCCCAUACAACAUUUCCGGCGACAAUGUACCGAUUUCAACUGAGCAAGAAGGCCACAUUGUACGACGCCAACCAAGAGGAAACUCGCUACCGCAAAGAUGGAAUCCGAGUAUCCGAAAAUGGAUUGGUUCAUGCCAAUAUUGCAAAGUCCAGCCCAUACUCGAAUGGACCAAUCUUCAUGCCCAACUCUCGCCUCUUGCAGCAGAUGCUGAAGUUUGACUUUGACCACUACCAAGAAGAAACCAGUGACGGGAAAUGCCCCAUGGAUCCUAGUGUCAUAUGUGUGCAGAAAGGUACACCUGUUCCCUCGGCCCUGGUAAUGUGGAGGGAGGGUCUAUCUCGCUUUUCACUGCAACCGUCGGAACCCACCGAAAUUGAGAAGCUUAACAGGUUACUGAGUGAAUUCUACGAGAGUUCCGCCACAGUGGUUGGCGCGCAAGAAUGGAUUGACGCCCAUCCGUACAAGGAAAGCUUCCCGGAUCAGAAUGAGGAGGAUUGGAUGAAAGUGUAG